CACACUCACUCUUUCAGUACUUUGAGAGACGUUUCAGCAGGCGAAUGCGUUUAUUUGGGGCCUCGCUCUUUGUGCUCAAGGCGAUCGUUUGGCUGCCCAUCGCUGUGUACGUGCCGGCGCUGACCUUCAACCAAGUCACUGGCAUUGGCGUGCACACCAUAACCCCGAUUGUGAUUAUCAUUUGCACCUUCUACACGACGGUCGGCGGCAUCAAGGGCGUUGUCUGGACAGACGCCGUGCAGAGUGUGAUCAUGUACGGCACCCUGGUGGUCAUCAUGAUCAAGGGCACCAUAGACGUGGGCGGAUUCGGCGUGCUCUGGCAGCGCAACUUGGACGGCGGACGCCUCAAUACGCCCGAAUAUAGCCUGGAUCCCACGGUGCGUAUGAGCGUCUUUUCGGUUUUCGUUGGCGGCACGUUUUUCAAGCUGCAGAACACGUCGAUCAAUCAGGCGACCAUUCAACGCUUUAUGUCGCUGCCCUCCCUGAAGCACAUCAAGCAAACAUUGUUCACCUUUAGCAUCGGCUUGACCCUGCUCUAUAUGGGCUGCAUCUAUGUGGGCCUCGUGUGCUAUGCCGUGUAUUAUGACUGCGAUCCGAUGGCCACGGGACUGGCUGGACGCCGGGAUCAGCUCGUGCCACUUCUGGUGAUGCGAGUGCUGGGCGUUGUGCCCGGCCUGCCGGGUCUCUUUGUGUCGGCCGUGUUCAGUGCCGCGCUCAGCUCGCUCUCAACGCUUCUCAACUCAUUGGCAGCCGUCAUACUCGAAGACUUUGUGAAGCCGCGCAUGAGAACGAUCAAGAGGCCCAUGACGGAGCGCACUGUAGCCCUGACUAUGCGUCUGGUGGUGGUCGUCUUUGGCAUUAGUUCCAUAUUCAUGGUCUACGUGGUUGAGCAUCUGGGCAUGGUGCUGCAGCUGUCAGCCUCGCUGCAGUCCAGCCUCUACGGUCCCAUGCUGGGUAUCUUCACGGUGGGCAUGCUAAUGCCCUGGGUGGGAGAGAAGAGCAUGUUUGUGAGCAGCAUCGUAUCCUUUGCUAUCAUGGCUUGGAUUGUGGUCAAUGCACAAAUAGAAAAUCUCACGGGCUCCUUCCGUCAUACGAAGCUGCCAGUUUCCGUGGAGAACUGCACCUACGACUUCGACAUGAACCGUUAUCUGAACUCGACAGCAGAAGUUGAAUCACACAGCGGCUCAUCCGUAUACCAUAUUUCAUUCCUGCUGUACACCAUGACUGGGGCCUUGCUGAAUAUUAUUAUCUCAAACGUGGCUACCUUCUUAUAUUUCGGACGUCAGGAUGUUAACUCUGUGGAUUCUCUACUCCUGGCUCCAUUUUUGCAGCGCCACUUGCUCAAGAAAAGCCAGUAUGAGUCCGUACGUCUUAAAAGUAGAGCAACUAUUGUUGAGAGCUCGGAUUAAAGUUGCCUUAAAUCCUCAAAUAUACAGCCGACGUGUAGAUCAAACUUUGAAUCGAUUUUAAGAAAUCUUGGCUUUAUAUAUAAUACAUAAUUUUCUGCAACUUAGAAGCUAACUGAAGUCUUGCUUACGAGCUACUUCAAAUUAUUAUUGAAUAUCCCUAUUUACCUCAUUA